UUAGGGUAGCCUAGCAGGACAUCCCAUGUGAGUUACGGAAAUACAUUUUCUGUUUUGAAUAAUUCGAUUUUUCAGCAGUGGAUUGCACGUAAAAAAAACUUUAAAAAAACGCGAUUGCUUGCGCACUAGCUCCAUUGAAGGACGCUUCCAGAACCUUUUGACCGGCUGAAGUGUCACCUGUGCAUUUUAGUCUGCGUGUUGUGUUUCGCCCGAGAGAACAUGGAAAGGCAUGGCACGCGAGUACAACACAAGCGUGAGGGGAGUUUUGCCACCGACAUCAUCUAACAACAAAAAACUUCACUUCCCAGGCAAAGGAAAUAAGUAAACAACUCCAGUUACCAGCUAGAUCACGGAGCCACGGUUGCAAGCAGAACGAAUUCGGGGACGGUUACAGGCUUCAGUUGGAUUUUUUAAUUGCAUUGCUCGCUCCUUAGAUAGAAAGUCGCCUUUUCUAAUGGUUUCUCUCUGGAUUUGUGCUGCGUUCGUAUUAUUUCCUCGCCAGCAGAACACCUGGAAAAGAGCACCGUAGCCUAUAUGCUUACGAAGCACAUGGUUACAUGAUGGGAACCGCCAACAUUGGAAGCAUCUUAGCGGUUUGGAAACUACUUUUACUAACUUGAAUUUUCUGUGAUAGUUAUCAACGGUGACAAUCUACUGGCUUUUCAUCAUUACAAAAACAUUCCCAAUGAUGUCCUCCCAAGACAAUGCUUGUCGGAAGUUUCAAGCCAAUAUUUUCAACAAAAGUAAAUGUCAGAAUUGUUUUAAACCCAGAGAGUCUCAUUUCUUGAACGCCGAAGAUUUAAGCCAGGCAAAACCCAUAUAUGGAGGUUGGCUGCUUCUGGCUCCUGAAGGAACUAACUUUGACAAUCCUGGGUUCAGAUCUCGGAAGUGGCAGAGACGGUUCUUCAUCCUGUACGAGCAUGGAUUAUUGCACUAUGCGCUCGAUGAGAUGCCCUGCACCCUGCCCCAGGGCACCAUCGACAUGCGGCGCUGCUCUGCGGUGCUGGACGGGCAGCCCCACACGGGCCAGAGGCACUCGCUGGUCAUCCGCACGCCCGACCGCGACCACUUCAUCCGCGCCGAGGACAGGGAGACCAUCCACGGAUGGCAGGAGAGUCUGCUGGUGUUCCCCAGGGCCAACAAGCACAACCUGAAGAAGAAACGCAAGGUGGAGACCCCUGUUCCUCGGGAUGUCCUGCAGGAUCCAGGCCCAGCCAGGGAGAUGGUGAUCUGUAACGGUGGUCAGGGCGGCGGCGCCCCCUGCAGUCACAGGGGGGAAUGUGAGGAGCAGCGCAGCCCCACGGCCGUCCCCUGCAGCCACAGCGCCCCCUGUCUGCACCAGCUGGAGCACGGCCCCCUGCCCCAAAACUCCUCCUCUUCAGGAUCGCUCAGAGACCACCCUAAGCAGGGCUCCCUGAGUGGAGGCAGGAGUAAGCGUGUGGAGAGUGGGUACUUCUCCCUGGAGAAGAUCAAGCCGGACCCGCCCCCCAGGUACACCUCCCCCGACCCCGACCCCCUCACCUCCCCGCAGCUCCUGGGCUCCCUCUGCACCUCCCCCUCCUUCACCUCCCUAACCUCCCCGGACUCCGAGGUGGACGCGACCGUCCCCAGCCGUGAGGACGAGGUCGGGUUGGUCGGCGAGCCCACUGGGCAGGGCGGGGGAGGCCCCAUGUGCUACGCCUCGCUGGCCGACGUGCCCAAAGCCAAGCGGCUGAGCCACCGCCAGGCCUUCAGCGCUCACAGGAAGAGGCUGGAGCAGCGGGCCCGCAGCCCGGGGAGGGAGGAGGUCGCCCGGCUGUUCGGCCUGGAGCGCAGGAGGUCCCAGGUGAUCGAGAAGUUUGAGUCGCUGGAGGGGGACAACGUGGACAACGUGGAGACCAGCUCCUCCUCCUGCUCCAGAAUUACCACCCGCCAGGGCCGAAACGAGAGGCGCCACCUCGCCAAGAACCAGGAGGUGUCAUUAGACGCUGCUGAACGCUCCAUGCCUGAUGUCUCCUGGUCUUCUCUGUCCAGCAACCGGCGAACAAAAUCCCUCGACCGGAAGGCCCAGGAGUCCUCCAUCACGCCCGACUUGUUGAAUUUCAAGAAAGGAUGGAUGACUAAACUGCAGGAAGACGGAACUUGGAAGAAGCACUGGUUUGUUCUCACAGACCAGGGCCUGCGCUUCUUCAGGGACUCCAUUGCAGAGGAGGCUGGCGAAUUGGAUGGGGAGAUAGACCUGUCCACUUGCUAUGAUGUCAUUGAGUUCCCAGUGCAGAGGAAUUACGGGUUCCAAGUCCACACGAAAGAAGGCGCGUUUACCCUCUGCGCCAUGACCUCGGGGAUCCGCCGUAACUGGAUUCAGGCCAUCGCCAAGAACGUGCACGCCUCCAACGCCCCCGACGUCACCCGCACCCUCCCGGAGGAGAAGGCCAAAGUGCGCGCUGCGUUUGGACCGUGCCCCCAGCCCUCGCCGGAGAGCCCUGCGGAGGGGGUAAGCGCCCGGGCAGGGAGUGGCGGUGGCUCGGAGCAGCGGAAGAGGUUCCGGGACCGGCGGCGUGGCGGUGACCGGGCGGAACUCCACCUGGCACUGGCGCCGGAGAAUCGCACGGCUCCCCCUGCUGGACAGCCGCGGGACUGCACUGACUAUGGCAGGGAGGGGGGCGGGGGGUCGGGCGGGCCCUUGUCCGGCUCCGAGUCUCCGGGAAAGGGCCCAGACGUGCGGGUGGAGAUCGAGCAGCACUGGCUCCAGGUGGAAACCAUGCUCCUCCGGGAGGAAAAGGAGAUCCCCAUGGCCCCAGACCCGGGCCCCGAGACCCCCCCUCUUCAGCCAGCCCUAACAGGCAACCAGAUGCAGGAGGAGCGGUCCUGGCAGCAGGAGCAGAGCAGCCUCCUGCAGGAGGUGCAGUCUCAGGAGCAGAGCAGCCUCCCGCAGGAGGUGCAGUCGCAGGAGCAGAGCCCCAGGGAGGCCUGCGUGCUGCAGAGUGAAUUGCCUCCACGCCAGUGUUCUGUGGAGUGUGCGGACUCCUGCCGGCAGCUGUACCAGCUGACCCGGGACCAGCAGCUGCAGCUGGAGGGGCUGCGGCAGGAGCGCGGCUUCAGGGAGGCGGAGAUCCAGGCCCUGCGCGCCCAGCUGAGCCGCACGGCCGCCGAGCUCCUGGCUAGGGAGAGGGAGAUGACCCUGGAGCGCGAGCGAUCCCGGGACCUCAGGGAGGAGCAGGCGCACGGCGAGCGCACCCAUCAAGCCCAGAUUCGGGACAGCGAGGACCGGCUGAAGUGUGUGGAGACCAGCCUCCUGGAGAAGACCCAGGCCCUCCGGGACCUGGAGCGGCAGCAGGCACUGCAGCAGGGCCACGGGAAGGAGGUGCAGAAGCUCCAGGAGAGGCUGUCGGAGGUGACGGCUAGACUGAUCGCUGCUGAGGAGGCGCAGGGCCUGAAGGAGGAGAGGCUGGACCUCCCAGAUGAGAGUUGGGGCGAGGAGAGGCGGAGCCUGACGGAGCGGCUUGCGGAGGUUGAGGAGAGGAGACGCGGGCUGGAGGAGCAGCUGCGGACGGCGGAGCUGCAGGUGGAGGUGCUGCAGGGAGAGCGCUGCGAACUGCUGCAUCGUCUGGAGGGACGGCUCACCGCCGGGACGGAAACCGUGCAGGACCUGACGGAAAUGACCCAACAGCUGAAGAACGAGAAGGAUCAGCUCGCCUGCCACUGCCAGGAGCUUCUCAACCAGAUCACUGCAGCGGACAAUGAGGUGAGUAAACUUCAGUCCCGCCUCCAGGAGGAAAAGACGGACUACUACAGCCUCGACCAGUCUUACCAGAAGCUUUACGAGGAGUUCCAGAGGAUCAACGGGGUCCUCUGUGAGAAGGAAGAGCAGAUCCAGGGGGUCAAGGAGAUGUGUGAGAGGCAGGCAGAGAUGAAAGAGAAGGACCUCAGUGAGGCCCUGGUGAAAAUGGCGGCCUUGGAAAGCCGUCUGGAGACAGCGGAGCUCAAGCUGCAGGCGGAAGCGGUGCUCAUGUACGGGGUCGGGCAAGAGAACACAGAGCCGUGUGCUGCCGAGAGGGACCUCCAGAGUAAACUGACAGAUGCAGAGAGCCGCAUCGCUGGGCUGGAGCAGGAGCUCAGCAGCAUGCAUCAGGCUUACACUGCCCUUCAGAGGGACUACGGCACAGUACAGGGAGAACCUAACUUCCACGGGAGCUCAAGCAAACAGGACGACCACCUGCCGGUUGACGCAGCGCUGCAAUUUCUCUUGACUGAUUCCACCCACCCAGAAGGCUUCGGAAACGUCAGCGACCCCCCACUGAUAAACCACAACCAUUCAGAACAGAAUGGUUCCUCUGAGCCAUUGUUUGAGUCCGUUGCCUCUGCUGGUGGUGCCGUGGACACAGAGAAGUUCAUCAGCGUUAUCCACGCCCUGGAGACCAAACUAUACUCCACAGAGGAGAAACUGACUGCUAUCACUCACAAGCUGGAGGAGCAGGAGGGCCUCAAGUCAGAGGCCAUGAAGGAGCAGUGUGCCCAGUUGGCUGAGCUCGAGGAAGAGCUACGCUCGCAACUUGGCAAGAGCAUGUCCAGAGUGCGCUGCCUCUCCACCCAACUCCAGGACAAGUUGGACCAGAGGCACGCUUCCACCGAGGAAACCAGCUGCCAUGUUGGUCUAGAACAUGCUGCAUAUCCAAAGGCUUUAGCCUGCCUGGAGCUCAGUAGGGAGAAGGUCCAGGCCAUCUUGAGAGGUCAUCGGGAAUGUAGUGCCGAAAUGCAGUGUCACGUACUGACGGAGAUCGAGGCUGAGUUGUUCAACGCUGCUCUUUACAUCAGACAAGGAGGGGUCUGUCUGGAGGAAUGGAAGCUGGAUCACCAAGGAACUCAGAACCUGCAAAUUAAGGAAAACAAGGUUUCCGGACUGGACGGAAUAAAGCUGUCUGCCAAGAUGCUUGAAUUUGAGGCUCUUGUAUUAAAAAGGAUGGCUUAUUCAAUGCAGAACCCAAUUACAGACGUUUUGCAGGGCCUCAGGGAGAUUCAUCAAGAAGCAGAGAACUUAAAAACGGGUGAUGAGAGUUACAUGGCGAUCGUGUAUGCUGAUGUUCUGGUUCGGAAGCUGAUGCUGGAAUGUGAGUUUUGGGACGAGGUGGAGAAGCUAGAGGUCCAGAGUGGAGAGCCGGGUGACUUGAUCCGGAGUGCGAGAGACUCAAGCAGCACCUGCACCCAAUCCAACUCCAUACACAAUCUUCAGUCCUUUUAUGACAAGAAGUUCCAAAAGCUACGGAGUGAGUUGCUGGAAGCACGUGCCAACUUAGAAUGCAGGGAGGUCACACUGAAAGAGGUGAUCAGGGCCUCAAAAAAGGCAUGGCUGGGUCAGGGGCUCUCUGAGGGGCUUGCCUGCAGACAGGGAACGGCGCUGGCUGACAACAGUCCUCCGGAGCUCAACCCCUAUUUUGAGCAGAUCAAGGUGGAGGAGGCUCGUGACUUAGCAGAGGAGAUCAUCAGUAAGCAUCUUCAGAUAGACGUGCUCACCUGCAGCAUCGAAGCCAUAGAUUCCCCACGUGUUGGCCAGGAGAGACUAGCCACUGAGCUGAAGGUACAAGCAGAGGUCCUCCAGCAUCUCUCUCGUGAGAUGGUGGUCACCUAUGAGACAGAACCAGGCAGUUUACACCCCAGUUUGGUCAAUGUAUUUUGUGCUAAGCACUACAAGCCUGCCAGGGACCUGAGGCAGUGUAACAAAGCCUGUGAGAGCAUGGGUUUUCAAGGCCAGGAGAAUGGCCACAGCAUAGGCGGCAUCCAUGAGUGGUGUGUUAACUCCCUUCAGGAGGAAUGCCAGAGCCUCUCCCAGGCAAUGGCCAGCCUCCAAAAGGAGAACCAGACCCUGAGGCAGGAGGUGUCCCAAUACAUCACUGAGCUCUCUCAGCAGGAGGAGCAGCGCGAGCUGCUGGAGGAGCGUCGCCGGGCGGAGGCGGACGAGCUGAAAGCCCUGUGUGAGCUGGAGAUCUCCGAGGCAGAGCAGAGGACGACCGACAACGAGCUGAGCCUGAUGGACAAGAUGGCGGACUGCCAGCACAAGCUGGAGGUGCUCCUCCUGGACAUUGAGGGAAUGGAGGACCGCCACGAGGGGCAUGUGCGCAAGCUGGAGGCCCGCUUCCAGAGGAGGGUCGCUGAGCUGCAGCGGGCCCACCGGGAGGAAGUGGAACAGCUGCAGGGCCGUGUGCAGACCCUCCACACGGUGCAGGGCGCCCCAGACAGCCUGCAGGCCAGGCACCCCGAAGACUUGUCCCUCCCUGAGCUGGCCCCGCCCCCCCAUGACCGGGCCCUGCCACCCAGUGGCCAGACCGUGCCUGCUGAGGGGCAGGCUGGGGAAACUGGUGCAUUGGAGCUGAACUCCAUGGCAAUGCUGAGGCAGAGGAUCCAGGAGCUGGAGACGCAGGUGAACUCCAUGCAGGACCAGCUGGGGAACAGGAGCCCAGGGGGAGACGUGUCCAGCCUGAAGGAGAACUACCAGAAAGACCUGGAGAACUUAAAGUCUACCUGCGAGCGAGGCUUCACCGCGAUGGAGGAGAUGCACCAGAAGCUGAUUGAGGAGAUCCAGCGGCAGCACCAGAGGGAGGUGUCCCACCUCCUGGAGGAGCGUGAGAGGCUGCUGGCCGAGGAGACGGCAGCCACUAUAUCCGCGAUUGAAGCCUUGAAGAACGCCCACCGGGAGGAGCUGGAAAAAUCCCAGCGCUCCGAGCUGAGCCGGGGGAACGCCGACAUCCAGGAACUAAGGGAGCAGUACAGGGAGGAGGUGGAGUCUGUUCAGCGGGAGCUGGGGGUUCUGUCGGAGCAGUACUCCCACAAGUGCCUGGAGAACGCAGACCUGACCCGUGGUCUGGAGGCUGAGAAGCAGGCUCUGUCCCAGUGCCAGCGCGAGAACCAGGAGCUCAGCAUUCACAUCCAGGAGCUGAAUAACCGCCUGACAGUGGAGAUCACCCGCAUGCGCUCCUGUCUCAGUGGGGAGGGGUCCCCAGCCCUCCAAACACAGGGCAAGGACCUGUACGAGCUGGAGGUCUUACUGCGGGUGAAGGACUCAGAAAUCCAGUACCUCAAACAGGAAAUCCACUCUCUGAAAGAUGAGCUGCAGGCUGUGCUGAGGGAUAAGAAGUAUGCCGCAAAAAAGUAUGCAGACGCUUUCACAGAGCUGAGCAUCGUUCGGGCCAAGGCGGGCUGUGACAUCAGCAAGCUGAAGGAGCAGCUGAGGACAGUCACGGGGGCCCUGGGAGAGCGGGCAGCUGAGGCCCCGCCCACUGUGCUAGCGUACGACAUACUGAAAUCUAAAAGCAGUCCAGACUUUCUGCCGAAGGAGCCCUCGGUCCUGAGAGCAGUCAGGUCAAAGUGUGACGUCGAACAGGUCUCUUGGAGCGGCUGACUGGCCCCAGGGUAUGGGGAGAGCCUGAAGGAGGACCUGGAGGAGGAGGAGGAGGAGCGCGGCAGGCUGUUUGACUCCUGGAGAACAUGAGCACCUCCUCGUCUCCUCAGCGUGACGUGCUGCCAGUGACUCAGGAGAAAAACGUAUAUCAUUUAUACCUCACGCUUUUUCUGAAAAACUUCCGUAAACGACGCACUCUCGUUUCUUGACUCGAAGGCGAGAUUGGGAGUUCCUAAAUUCUACUUCUAGCUCCUAGAAGGAACAUUUAAGAUGGCGGACCUCCAGGUCAUGAGCAAGGAAAAGAAUAAAAGAAGAGAGAAAUGAGCUGUUGGAACGAGGCCACCGACGCGCGUCUAGGAGAAGCAACCGAAGAGCCCUGUAUGGGGGCAGGCCUGCACUGAUGUGCUGGACCACUCGUCUCUUCUAGUCAUGAAAGUGACUCAAAUUCUCCAUUCCCUUCCCCACUGGCCGCUCCCUGCUCCCUGUCCUCACCCGUCUUUGGGGUCUGCUGUUCCUCCCGAGCUCCAGAGCCUGUGGCACCGCAGAGGCCCAAAGGCAGUUUGUGCAUUCACGUUGACCUCGUCAUCUGCAGAAAAGACAAGUGCCCUGACGUCUUCUCCUUUCACAUUUUAAGCGUACGUUUUCUUUUUAUAUGACCGUUUCAACGGAUGAGGGAAGACUGCUGACGUGUGGCGUGUAGAGCAGGUUUCCAGUUAAACCCCAUCAUUCCCCCGGCGGUACAUCUUUGUGUUUCAUGGACGAAUGUGCACAGGUUUCUGUAUUUUGGCUGCGUACUGGUGAAGAUUUAUUUUUGCCUUUGACUUUGCCUUUGUCACGAUGGUCACUUUCAUAUUUUUUGGUUCUUUGCCUCUACAGUCCUUGAUUAACCUAUGCUGGGUUGCACCCUUACAAACAUGAGGGAAUGGCGUCUGUCAAGGAUACAAAGCAGCAGCAGAUAUGCUAAAACAUAUUUGAAUUAUAAACUCUUGAGAUCUGUUGCAGUUUAAGUACAGCAAAACAAAACUAUUGCUGGUGUAUUGUUGUAAUAUAAAUUAUCCGAUUUGAUCCUUUUUCUUUCACCAAAAUGUAAAUAUUUAGAAAAAGUAAAUGUGUAAAAAGGCUUUUGUGUUUAAAGCUUCGGUUUAAUUGUAACUGUUAGUUGUAACUGAAUUCAGUCCAACGGACGAAUACACUUCAACGCAUUCUUCCAUUCGGCAGCAUUGAUAAGGGUGUUUUGGCAUUCCCCUUUUUGAGAUGAACACUGACGUUACUUAUCUUCCUGAUUGACACAGGUUGCCAAACGUGGUAUUUAGGGAAUACACGCUGAUCUAAAAGUACAUAUUAAGGCAGUUAAUACUCAUCUGAAGAAAUGGCUAGUAGGGUAGUACCUCAUAGUUAUUACCAACUGCCCCGUCGGGAGCUACGCCAUCAAAAUUGUGCCCCUCUCACAUAUGACGUCAUGCUGUGCACUUCAGGUUUUCUUCAAGUGCUUCCUUCUGUGUCAGUUAAAAAGAGGUUUGAGUGGCAGUGCCAUUCCUCGCCAGGCUGACCACUUCUCACCGGAGUCUGUUACUCUGUACUUCCAGACUAUAUUGUCUCUUCCUAAUCGGGGAGGGGAAAAAAAAACACUAAGUUAAAUAUUAAGUUAGAUCUUGCAUCAAAAUGCACUGUUCAGUAUUCUGAGCAUACCUUGUACAUAUUUGUUUGCCAUAAUUUAUUUGUGAUUUUAUUUUUUAUUCUUCAGUUUAAAGCUGUGUCCUGCUCACUUGCACUAUACAUAUGAAUAUACUGUGGUUUGAAUGUAAAACUUUAUGAAUAAAUGUAGCUUUUUUUGAACCUAAA